AUGGGUCUAUGGCAGGCAAAGGAUGUUUUGGCCACGGGAUAUAGGUGGGUUGUCGGUGAUGGUAAGAAGAUUAUAGCAACUAAGGAUCCUUGGCUGUCCAGAAAGAGGGACUUUAAAGUUGAGAACCAUUGGCGCUAUGAAGGCAGGAGUGAAACAGUUUCCUCGCUGUUUUAUCCAGGUACCAAUAUAUGGGAUGUAGACAAAGUUUAUGAGUUGUUCAAUGUCGAUGAUGCAAAUACUAUUCUGGCAACCUUUGUGCUGCAACAUUUAGUUGAAGAUAGAAUAGUUUGGGCCAUGUCUAAUGAUGAAAUAUAUAAUGUAAAGACUGGCUACCAUUUCUGGCAUAAUCGUAACAUUGGUGAUUCUAUUUGUACUCGCUCUGGUGGCUGGAACAAGUUAUGGAAUAAUCUACCAGUAAGGAACCAUCUCAGGCACAGAGGUAUUCCUGUCACUAUUCUUUGCCCUUUAUGCAAUGUGGAUGUGGAACACUUGCUCCAUGUAUUCUUUGACUGUACUUUUGCGAAGGAAUGUUGGCAUGCUGCAGGGGUUUCUUUAGAUAUGUCUCAAGUGUUUUUCGCUCUAGACUGGCUUUUAAAUAAGAUAGAAACAUCGAGCUAUGUUGAGAGUAUUAAGCUCGCAACUAUUCUAUGGGGAAUCUGGUUCUGGCGAAAUAAGAAAGUUUGGGAAGACAGAAUAGUUCCGGCAAAUACAGCCAUGGAGCUGGCCUUUAAUACUAUUCAUAAAUGGAGGAAAGCCAGAAAGCAAGAGGAACCUGCUAGUACUAAUAGAAGCAAUGCAGAUAGCUUGAGUAAUCGAAAAUGGAGACCCCCUCCACAAGGUAUGUUAAAAGUGAAUGUUGACGCCUCCGUGUUUCCUCGGUCAGAGACAUUCUCGGUUGGUAAUGUUGUGAGGGAUCACAAUGGUAUGUUCAUUGCAGCAAAAGUUAUGUCUCUUCCGCGGCCUGCUACAAUCCUUGAGGCUGAAAGUAUUGGAGUAAGAGAAGCUCUUUCUUGGAUUAUGCAGCGAGGUGAUGAACAGGGCAUCAUAGAAUCAGACUCUCUUCUCACAAUCCGGGCUUUGCAGGGGAAGAAAAAAUAUUUACUAGAGGUGGGUCAUGUGGUGGAUUCUUGUAAGUCGAUCAUCCAAUCGAUCCCUGGUUUUGUGUUAUCUUAUGUCCGCAAGCAAGCUAACAAGGUAGCUCAUGACUUAGUUAGAUAUCCUUGUUCAGUUAAUUGCUCCCAUGUAUUUACGUCUCCUCCUUCUCAAUUAUUAGAGACUAUCAUGAAUAAUUGUUCUAAUGAAUAA